AUGGCUCCGAAGAAGGGUGUUAGGGCGCCGGCGGCCGCCAAGAAGAAGGCGGAGAAGGUUGUGAAUCCUCUGUUCGAGAAACGGCCGAAGCAGUUCGGCAUCGGAGGCGCCCUGCCGCCGAAGAAAGAUCUCCACAGGUUUGUGAAAUGGCCGCAGGUUGUGAGGAUCCAGAGGAAGAAGAUGAUCCUGAAGCAGCGUUUGAAGGUUCCCCCGUCAAUUCAUCAGUUCUCUAAAACCCUCGAUAAGAAUUUGGAUUAUCCACUCACACAACUUACAGCGACCAGCCUUUUCAAGAUGCUACUCAAGUAUAGGCCGGAGGACAAGGCUCAGAAGAAAGAGCGUCUCUUGAAAAGAGCUCAAGCUGAAGCUGAAGGAAAGACCCCAGAAUUGAAGAAGCCUAUUGUGGUGAAGUAUGGCCUUAACCAUGUCACCUAUCUCAUUGAGCAGAACAAAGCUCAGUUGGUCGUUAUUGCCCAUGAUGUUGAUCCAAUCGAGUUGGUCGUCUGGCUCCCAGCUCUGUGCAGAAAGAUGGAAAUCCCAUACUGUAUUGUGAAGGGGAAAGCUAGGCUGGGCACUAUUGUCCACAAGAAGACUGCCUCUGUUUUAUGCUUGACCUCUGUAAAGAAUGAAGAUAAAUUGGAGUUCAGCAAGAUUCUGGAGGCCAUCAAGGCCAAUUUCAACGAUAAGUAUGAUGAGUUGCGUAAGAAAUGGGGUGGUGGAGUCAUGGGGUCUAAGUCUCAGGCCAAAACAAAAGCAAAGGAGAGGCUUCUCGCAAAGGAGGCUGCACAAAGGAUGACUUGAAGGGACAUAUAUUUUGCUGUAUUGUCUUUUAGUCAUAGAAAUCCGAUGAGGAUAGAACUUGUUAUGUGCACUUGUUUACCCAAUUUUCUUAAUAGACAUCAAUUUUGUUUCAGUUUGACUGUUGUCUUUUUUGUUUUAAUUUUGAGCCAUUCGAUUGAAACCUUGAAAGAAUUUAUCUUGUUUAUUCCUAUUCCUGUUGUGUAUUUACAUUUUUGGGUCGGAUAUUCGGCUGCUGUUUUAUUUUAUGAUUAUGCUUUGGAGAAAAAGAUGAGUAGCUGGGCAAAGCAGCACCACAGAAAUUAGAGAUAAAGCCUUGGCAUUUAUUGUUGUGGCCACAUAAUUAUAGUUGGAGAAUAAAUCUUUUGACAGAAAGAUGCAUUUGUAGUCUUUCUUCUAUUCAUGCAAACCUG